UGACGGGGAGCAGCGGGCAGGACCGAAGUGGAGGAAGGAUAAGAGGCUCGGUGCGGCGAAGGCGCUCGCCUGUCCAACAAAAUGAAGAUAACGCGGCAAUGCUGUCGCGCCUACUCUCGGUUGCUGCCGCUGCCACGGCCGCAACCCUCAUGGGAGACGACCAUCGCGCGGGCGCUGAAGCUAGGAAUUUUGUGGGCGAGGAUGAAGACGGCACCUUUGACGGUUUCUUACAGUCCUUACAAAACGGCAGAAUAGCCUCUGCUCUUCGGGGAAGUGCCGCUGACAUGGAUGAGAACACGGAAAACCCAGGGGGCCCACCGGCGCCCUUGAACUUUUUCCGCAUGUUCAGAUUUGGCUCGUCUAACAACAACCGGAGGGAUGCAAGAUCUACUGGUGUUCAAGGAGACUCCACAGACAGGGAAACCUCACGUGCAGAAGAUGAAAGUACCGAGGGUCGGAUGAUUCCUAUCAUCAUUGUUGGCAUUCGUUCUAUUAAUCCCUCCAGUGGUGGCAGCUCACAACAGGACGAUAAUAUCCCCCCAUUCCUUGAUGCAUUAUCUAACUUUCCAACCCCGAUCACGUCUGGAAACGACUCCAGCAUUGAUGGGAUCCUUCGGCAGCCCCAAAACGGGACGAGGUUUAGUCACAGGCGCCGGGCGUCGAUGGGAGGUAUAAACACCUUCCCCUCGACGUAUGACAGUCAGCGGCACUCGCGCUCGCCGGACCGCCCUAGGCCACGUUCUACGCUAUCGGAUGCAGCCGUCGGCCCGCGACCUCCACCCUCGACACCUGCCAGCUCGGGUCUUUCGGCUUUCUCUUCUGGCAGAACAACCCCGACAUUCACACCGCCCGCCACAACGCCCACUUUACCGUCGCCGGGGCCAUCGCGCCGCGAAAGCUUUGCGCGUACUCCGACAAGGACGAGCUCAGGGCCCGAGUCGGCUUCUGAAGAACAUCAGCCAGCCAGCCCGUUGCGAACGGCCAGGCAACGGCGCCUGAGUGAGUCUGACCACACCAGGUUUGGCGCUGGUUCAGCAAGGCGCAAUGGCGUCGUGGAGCCAGAUCAUGCCCCUGGCGAGGGGCCGAGAAGCUGGAUCAUCUACGUUCUUGGCGGCAGCUACCCGGAAAAUCAUCCGAUUCUUACCACGCCUAGUUUGUUUACGGAUACACCGACUUACGAGGACAUGAUGCUCCUUUCCACCCUUCUUGGUCCGGCGAAACCGCCUGUUGCGAGCGAAUCCGACGUUGCAUCGGCAGGCGGUCUUUACACUAUUCAGGCCUCGGCCGAGGGCUUGAUUGCUUGUCGUGCCGAAGGAUCUGCAGAAGAAGCAGAGUGUAUUCCCAUCUCUUCUGAGCAACGCUGUCUUGUCUGCUUGAGCGAGUACGAGGUUAAUGAGGAGGCGCGGCGAUUGAUCAAGUGCGGUCAUUUGUUCCACCGAGAGUGUAUUGACCAGUGGCUUACCACCGGCCGUAACUCCUGUCCCUUGUGCAGGGGCCAGGGCGUGGACGAGCAUGAGCAGCGACCGAAUCCGUCAGCGAGCUCUGAAGUGCCUACAUCGGCGGCCCCUCCAGAAGCUGCAUGAGUAGUAAAGUCGCCGGUUGGAUCUAUUGCGAUAUAUUUUUAUCUUUCUCGAGAGCCCCGCUGAAUCUCAUCCCUGAGAUUACGACUUCUUGUUGAAUUGGUGUGCUCUCACUUACCGUUUUGAUUUUUGAUUCUUUUUUUCUUUGACCUCCAACGCUGCGAUGAGGCUCUCGGUUAAGCUCAGGAGACCCCUUUCUGAUUUGGAUGGCUGAGCGUAUUGCCACAUCAAGCCCUGCAUAGUGCUGUAGGCGACGCGACGCGCAGUAGUAUCCGAUGAUCAGCAUCUCGUUAGCGGAGGACGUUGUCCGUUGGAAUCAGCCCUCCCCUCGUUUUUUUUUUUUUUUGGUGCGCACGGCG